UUCCAGAGCGCCAGAGAUCUGCAUCGCUCGGUUCCUGCCGACAGAUGGUGCAUUACCAGAUCCGAGCUCGAAGACUUUGUGAAAGAGGUCCGCAGAACAUGGGAGUCAAAUCAGAUCCCGUGCAGUGAGCCCAGGAAUUCUUUGCACUGGGAUCCCCAUCAUGGCCCAAAUCUAUAUGACGUGAAUAGUUAUGUAGUGAAGCCUGUGACACUGAAAGCUGGAGGUGCCAGCUAUGCUUUGAUGAAGCAUCCAGAAGGUUUGGAGUGUGAGGUCUUUGUAUCUCACUCCUGGCACGGAGGAAUUUCCACCUAGGACGGGGAAUUUGUGUGGCAUGGCCCCAGCUCUACCAACGUGACAACCUGUACUGCUGCCUUUUGUCAAAUCCACAAAAUUUGGACUUGGAUGAAUUUAUUGGCGGAAGUCUGUACGAAAGUGCAUUCGCGUUAGCAUUGCAGAAAGCAUCGCACUUGCUAGUGGUUCCAAAUCCUUCCACGGGAGUCUACUCGCGGCUUUGGUGUGUAUUCGAGGCCUAUCUUGGAGCCAAAUGGAACAAGAUUUAUCUAUUGCCCGUGGUGCCAGAUCGAAAGGAGACCUUCAAACGUUGGGUCCGAGAAGUCGGCGUUGUUAUGUUGUGUGGACUUCUUGCUGGAGUUCCGGUGUGGUGGAGUCUGGAGUUCUUCGUUGGGCACGGUGUCAGUACAGGUCUGUACAGUUGGCUCGAGUUGAUAUACCGAGUACUUUCCUUGCUGGCCCUCCUAAUCGUGGUGCCCUGUUUACAGCACUCCUGGUCUUUAGAUAUGAUGAAAGCCUUGACUUGCAUUGGAUGCGUUUUCUUCCUGCUUGAUGUAUAUUGGAUCGUAAUUGCGAUAUCGCGGGAUGGCGCUCUCUGGGUUACGGUGUGUUUCCACCACGGCCGGUGUUCGAACCUGACUCUCAUGAGUGCCUGGGUAACCAUCAUGCUUGUUCUCUUCAAGAGCGAGAAAGCUUGCUUCGAACAGCAGAAGGAGAUGAUGCAGUUCCACUCCUUGCGUGAUGCACAUUGUUCCAAACUUGAGGAUGAACAAAGAAUCAGGCAGGCCAUUGCUGGUGCUGAGGAUGAAGUGGAGACUGUGAUCGACAUUCUGUUGACUGCAGGUGCUUACACAGACAACCUACGGCGUUCCUGGGACACUGGCUUGAACAUUGAGAGGGCGGGAAUGACUGAUGUGACGACCGGGGUUUCCUUCUCCAUGCUCGCUUGGUCAAUUACUGCACUGGAUUUGCUGUCAGAUAUCAGCAUAGUUCACGUGGCUCACAGCAGAUAUUUUGGGCUUCUUUGCCUGCUGUACACCGUCUCAGUGUUGCUCAUCCCCUUAUCGGUCUGGAGGCUGGAGAAGCAAGGUCCAGACACUGCAGUUUUCACUCUGCAGACUUGGGGCCUUUGGGGCAUGUUGUGUUUGCAAGUGCCGAUACUGCUGUGCUAUUUGCAAGGAUAUGAUGAAGUGGAGGCUAUUCACCUGGUGGAUUUCUUUGAUCAGAGCGUCCUUGCAACUGUCGAUACGCAGACAUGGGCAGAAUCUGACGGAUUUCCCAUCCACAUCAGUCGCACUGUCCUUGUCGCUCGCUUGCUUUGCAUGAUCUUGGCGUGGACUAUUGUCUGGGUGGGCGUAGAUCUCUGGAGUCGCCUGCGGAUAUGGCUGACUCGCAGGGCCUGGUCGCGAGACUCUGAGGGCAAUUUUUCUUCCCGACUGAACAGCGACAACGAUGAUGAUGAUCAAGAUUCCAACAUGUCUGGAGGAUCGGGUGCUAUGCAGGGCACCUUGGAGCUCCAACAGAGCGUCAUCUUCGACCCGCAGGAGUUCGGCGACUCCUUACAAUGUCCGACCUGUCUGGAGGACUUCAGCAAGGAAAAUACCAUCAAGAAGACGAUUUGUGAUGAGCUCAGCUGUAGCCAUUACUUCCAUGAGAGCUGCUUGGCGCAAUGGUGCCAGCCUCAGUGCAUGGCAAUGGCCGACACUGGUCAUCCUGCCCUCUGCACUCCACAGCCGCCGCCCCGCGGACAAUGCCAGGCCGAAAGCCUGGAAGCCGGCAACACGCAGCUCGAGGAGGGUAUUCAGAACCAAACGGAGGGUGGCGUGCCGCCGGCGCUCAUCGGCGCGGAGCGGCAGGCCCAGCCAGAGGAGAAUGCCACGAACGAGGCCCUUGCAGUUGUGCCGGUGCCGGAGGAGGCGAGCCGUGCGCGAUUUCUUGCGGGAGGGGUGGCAGAACGCUGCUUCAACGACUGGCUGAGCGCAGCUUUUGAGGAGGUUGCCAGAAGCCCGGAGGCGCGGCUCGGGGAAGACGAAGCCAAGUUUUGCAAAAUGGCGAAGGUGCUUUGCUUGCACGGCUGGCGCACCAAUGUGGAGUUCAUGGAGAAGCAGCUGAAGAGCCUCAGGUCGAAGCUCCCGAGCUGGGAGUUCAGCGUCCUGCAGGGGCCCAUCUCUGGCAUGCUUGCUGCCGAUGAUGACGUUGAGAAGGAAUGCUUGGCGCCCUACUUCCAGUGGUGGGAGCCCUUGGAUGGCCUGGAGGGGCAGAUGUCUGCCGUGCGUUACGUGGCGGAGCACAUCCGUCACAACGGCCCCUUCGACGCGGUGCUGGGCUUCUCAGAGGGCGCGGCCUGCGCCACGGCCUUCGCGGCGGCUCUGGAGGGCGCGGGCAGGUGGCCGCAGAAGAUAUUUUGGAUGUCUCUGCCUGCUGUACAUCGUCUCAGUGGUGGCCAUCCCCUUGUCGGUCUGGAGGCUGCUGAGGAGAUGAAGCAGGAGUUGAAAGAUGUGCCUGGGCCCAAGCUGAUCAUCGCAGUUUCUGGCGUCACCCCGGAGAACCUGAGUCGGGGCUGCUGCAUGGCACGCUCCAAGCCUGUGCGGCCCAUCGCCCUGCCCUCGCUGCACGUCAUUGGGGACACCGACGAGGACCGGAGGAACAGCGAGGAGUUGGCCCAGGAGUGGUACAACAUCUCCUUUGCUGCCAGUCAAAGUGAGCAAUCAGAUGGAAGGAUCCUGCGGCACCCGCACGGACAUCGCUUCCCCUUGGACUGCCGCCCCUUGGCGGAGGCAUUGCGCGAGCUCCUGCCCAAAGGUGCAAAGGAGCUCGAGAGAGCAGCUGUGGGCGGAUGCUAA